AUGAAAAGCGUAACAAGCCUGGCUAUAGUUGCCCUUGUGCUCGCAACAGCCUGCAUCCCCAUACAUCAUCGAUUGACCGUUGCCGGGGUAUUCAGGCAUCCACGCCGCGCAGCAGUCUCCAACCUCGUGAGAAUCGCAGACACAGUGCACUGCGAAGACCUGCACUUCUACGAGCCUGCGAAUCUGCUGUUCACGGCGUGCGAGGAUAUCAAGACGACGCGGUUCAAGUGGUUUCCCCCGCUGGCGAUCUUUGAUGAACCGCUCACUGCGCGGGGGUCGAUUCACGUCAUCGAGCCGGAGGCGAAAUCUACCCGGCUGGAGUUUGAGAACUUCUCCGGCCCGUUCUCGACUCAUGGGAUAGAUGUGAUUGCCGACCCAGACAGGGAAGAGGCGGUGUAUAUCUUUGCGGUCAACCAUCAGGCGAACGCAGAGACGGAGGAGGGGAUUCCCAAGGCGAGCUCGCAGAUCGAGCUGUUCCAUCAUGUUCUCGGGACGACGAGGGUGCGACAUGUGCGCUCGAUGCGGCACGAGUCCAUCACGACACCCAACGAUAUCUAUGCGUGGACCCCUUCGUCCUUCCUGGUGACGAACGAUCAUUUCUAUCGUGACGGAGCGAUGCGAACAGUUGAGGACGUGGUGACGGCCUGUCGGUGGACGAACAUCAUCCACGUCCAGAUCGAGGAGAUGCAUUCUCUCGACGCUACGGGUGGGAUCCGCGCCACGGAAGCUUUGAGGGGUUUACACAACAACAACGGGCUGGGCCAUGGAGCGGGCGAUGAGGAAGUAUUGGUCUCUGAUUCAGGCGGGGGUGUCUUUUACCGGGCAGUUCUUGAGAAACCAGAAACCAGUACGACAGGCGUACGGAUCCGCCUUGUCGAAAGCAUACGCAUGGACUCGAGCAUCGAUAACCCGACGUACUAUCGCGAUCCAUACGGGACAAAUGCAAGCGGAUACAUCCUAGCAGGCCUGAGUCGGUCGGUCGAUCUCGCACGCUCAAGCAGGGACCCUUCCGCCACGGAGCCCGUGAUGGUGUGGUAUCUGCGGCGAGGAGAUGCAGGCUGGGACAAGCAUCUGAUCUUCGAAGACGAUGGGUCCACCAUUCGCUCGGCAGCUACGGCGGUGCUUGUUCCCAGAGCAGGAGCAGUGGAUGGUCGUCAGGCAUGGCUUUUCGUCACGGGCUUUCUUUCCGAGAGCAUUGUCGCUGUUUCGGUGGACCUUCUUUAG